UGGCUAUCGGUGGGGAUGAUGACGUUGGCCAUCCUCACUUUCGUCCUGCUGCGGGAGGAGUCUAAGCACCACGUGGGGGGCCGUUUCGGCCGCAGAGGUUUCUGCCUUGUGGUGGGUGCUACGUGCAUCAGCGUACUGGCUUCGGUCUGGGCAGAGCGCAUCUUCAAGGAGAGGACCGUCCUGCGCAGCAGCGCUCAUGGGCCCCAGCCAAGCAGGUUCUACGUGAUGAAGUUUUACCUGGACCUUUCGUCGCUGGUGGUCUCGUGUGCCCUGUGGUGCAUGCCUGGCACUGUUGCGAGCCUGUUCGGAGACUUCUUCGAGCAGUGGUCCCAGUCUUCAGAGUGGUUCGGCUCUUGGGGCUACUUCCAGGUGGUCAUGGUUUUCGUGUCAGUCGGUCAGGGCUGGGCCACCGCCUUGGUCACCAAGGAGUUUUCCACCGUCAUCAAGGCCAUCGUGCAGACCUCGAGCGUUAUUUUCGUGAUGCUGCUGAGCGAUCCUCUCAUGGGGAAUCGCUUCCACUUUAUCCGAAGAGAGUUUCCUUCGAUCAUGCUGUUUGCGAUUAUCUUAAUGUCUGCCGUUAUAUUUCAAACCGGCAGGAUCAAUCUCUGGGUCAUCCGGAAGGCGAUGAACCUCGACGUGGGCCGGUUGGCGGCACCAGAGAAUGGCAGGGAACCCUCGCGCGGGGAAGGGUGGGCAAGCUCGGAGGCACCUGAGUGUGCCGUCGCGACCGACGCGGUCCCAAGCAUCAAAGAGAGCCCACUGCCGUCCCCGCUGUCGCCAGAACCUGGUCCGCAUGGCUCCGAGACGGGGACAAGCUGGACCAGCUUGUUGGCGACCUAUGCGCUCGUCGUUUUCUACGUCAUCUCCGACGCGGGUCGCACACUCGUGAUUCAGAGGUCUUUGAGUACUGCGGUGAUCAACUCCACGUCCAUGACCCUCGCCAUCUGCGUGUGUGGCCUCCUGGUGGCGAGCUGCAUGACGCUGGCGAACGACGGCUGCAGCGGCCUAAUGCGGGCCUGGGACCCGAGGGGGAUCUGGCACUGCCUGCCGGCCGCGUUUCUUUUCGCGCUCUCGACGACGUUUGGAAACAUGGCGUUCGCCUUCGGGGUCUCUCCCUCCCUUUACGUUGUCCUGGGCAAGUUCUACACGCCGGUGGCGGCCUUGGGCGCGCGCUGGGUCAUGCGCAAAUUCUACAUGUGGCUCGAGUGGUUCGCCCUGCUCAUCCUCACUCUGGCGUCGUGCUGCUUCGGGUACCUCAAGGAGUUCGACGUCGCCUCGGGGGACCCGAACCCUGGCUCGCUGGCGGGCAUGGCCUUGGUCCUGUGCUCCGCGGGCACUUCCGCCCUGGCGUCUCUGGUGACGGAGAAGAUCCUCAAGGGGGACAGUGCCCCCUUCCACCUCAAGAAGGUGCGAUUGGAUGCUGGCAGCGCUCUCUCCUGCAUGGCCCUCGUACCCAUCAUCGGGAUGAUGGCCACCCGGCCGCAGGACAUUCCCUGGGUCCAGCGGCCCGCGGGCUACCAGGAGUGCCCCGCGAGCUCUCCUUGCUGGCAGCUGCACGGCGAGGGCGGCUUCGAGACGUGCGCGAGCCCGGCGUGCCGGUGCGACUGUUCGGCGGGCGUGUUCGUCGGCUGGAACCAGUGGCUGCUCGCGCUCGCGCUCGUGGUCAACACUGCCCAGGGCUGGCUUGUCGGCCGAGUGACGCAGCGCUUUUCCACGGUGCACCGUGCCAUCGCCGACUCCUUCAGCCUGUUGGCCAUCUACUUCGUGGGCGAUCCGCUGUUCAACGGCGCCAGCCUGGACAGCGUGAGCCUGAACCUGGUGGCGUUCAUUGUGCCCCUCAGCACGGCCACAUUUGCGGUCGCCACGAGCGAGAUGCAGAAGGUGAUGGGCGCGAAGUCAAAGCUCGAGGAAGCGGGGCCCGCGCCCAGCACCGGUGUCAGUGACAGCGAGUCGGAGGAGGACUUCAGCUAG